GCUACCGAAGGAUCUUUGGAUCCUUGGGCCUCCCCGGGAGGCAGCUGCACUUCGACGCCCGCACCACGACUGUGCUCUACGUCUUCGUGACCACUUGGCUGUUCUUGAACAACACGGGCAUCCACCUGGCCAACAGCCACGGAAAUUCGAAGGAGCGACCCACCUCCGUGGGCGACUCUGCCAAGGCGAGCAGCUGCCUGGAGUGCUGCAAUUUCUCCACUGGCCUCGGCCAGGAAGUUUUUCCCUACAAGGUUGUGGACUACGAGAAGUUCGACGAGAAAUUCCUGAGUGGCAAGGCCCUCCUCUUCUACCUGCACCCCGACGGGCCCCUCACCUACCUUCGCAUCAGCUACCAGAACGAGAACUUUCAGGACUACGAGAUCGAGGGAAGCCCAGCAGAAAUGGCUUCUCGGGUGAGCUCCGGUCCGGGAGCAGGAGGCAUUCCCUUGCACGAGUUCAGAAAAGAUGUUCCGCCCGGCUGGGGCGAUGACACCAUGGUGGGUCCGCUUGUGGCGGGCCGGCUGCAAGGGAAGGCUCAGCGAUUGGGCAUGCAACUCAGAUUGCCGAGACCAGAUGGGGGCGUUGACGUCGGAAGCGACGCACUAGUGCGUCUCAGCGUCGACGAAGUUCGCGACCCUCAGAACCAGGGGGUCAUCUUGCAACACUCCAUUCCCAGCGGGAUACAAGCCUUAUGCAACAGCCUCAAGGAUGCCUUCGGAGUGAGCGACCAAGAGCUUGUGUCCCAGAGCAUAGAAGCUUUCUUCGAAUUCCGACGAGGCAAGAUGAGCUUUCAGGAGUACGCGAUCGAGUUCGACAUCCGCCUGGAAGAAGCAGUUACCCGGGCGGGCUUGGACUUGAACGACGUGGCCAAGUUCUACUUGUUCUUCCGGGGCAGCGGCUUACCGUACAAGUUCAUCGAGGACAUCAAGCUGCAGCUCCAGGGAGAUCUUCGUCGGUACCAGGAGGCCAGAGUGCUGGCGCUGAGGUUGAUUACCAAGAAGGACGAUUCAGGUGAGACCUUCUUCGAGGACACCGAGAACAACCUCCCUGCGGAAGAUGGCUGGGACAGCCACUCUUGGACCGAGGAUGGCUGGUCCUGGGUGGAAGACGCAAGCCCGGGCCAUCAAGCUGAGUACUGGUUGGACCAGGACUUCUACGAGCCCUACGACGACGGCGCCUACUAUGAUGAAAGCUAUGAUGACUGGUAUGAGAAUGAAAGUUGGACUGAGCCUUGGGAUGAGCAGCCUCAAGGGGAACACGAAGCGGCCUCUUCCUCAGAGCCGGCAGUUGAUGUGAACGAGAUGUACCCGGUCAAGGGGAAAGGCAACAAAGGCCCUGGCUGCUCAAUCUGCGGUUCCAGAUGGCAUGCUGCAAGCUCCUGCCCGGUGGGAGCCAACCCAAGCUACGGUGGCGGCAAAGGAAAAGGAAAGUCGAAAGGCUUUGGCGGUCCCUCUGGAUGGAAGGGCAAAGCGCGGAAGGGCUUCGGCAAGUCCAAAGGCAAAGGCAAGGGCAAAUGGACCCAAAAGGGUAAGAAAGGCCGAGGCUACUACGGGUACACCAUGGAGAAGACCCUUGUAGGCAGCUUCGGCGAGUCCAAGAUGUCGUCGACCCCUCCGAGAACAAAAGUGGUACACUUCAAGUUGGACCACGACGACUCGCCGGUCUUGCCACUUGGAAGCCGCCCUCGCGCUGAGACCGAAAGUCCCGAGGAUGCCGAGACAGCGACCUCCUCCUCCUAUGCCAAGACGCUCGACUUCACCUUUGCAACGGGCAUCUACAGCGAUUCCCUCAGCUACCACACGGUUCUUGGGGUUAAACGCCGGGGACUCCUUGUGGACCCGGGUGCUGCCAGCGGCUUGGUUGGAUCUGAAACACUACGUGACCUCAUGGAACAUUGCGUCCCGGGGAACAAGGAGCAUGCAGUUCAAUGGCGGUACGAUCGCACCAACAGCGUCAGCGGCAUCAACGGCACACCGGAGCAGACGUUAGGAGAGGUCUCUCUCCCACUCAAGAUGGCCGAGCUGAACAGCACCUACUCAGCAGAGGUGAUAGGAGGCGAGGGCUCAUUAUGCCCCGCACUGUUGAGCAACCCGGCACUUCGCAAGCAGUCUUCGGCCAUACUCACCAACCACUUUGAGAACGGUGACGGAGUGUUGGUGAUUCGCAAUGGCAAGGCUCCUCUGCCCAUCGACGCCCGCAAGAACGUGGAACAGAUGCUUUUCACAUGGUCAGAGGAGAUACAGGAACGCUGGAGCGACGUUCGCUCCAGUCCAAAGACUUUCUCCACUACCACAGAGGUCAAGCGAGAAGCAAGAGAUGCAGGCUCCAGUCCAAAGAGUUUCUCCACUACCACAGAGGUCAAUCGAGAUGAAGCAAGAGAUGCAGACUCCAGUCCAAAGACUUUCUCCACUACCACAGAGGUUGAACGAGAUGAAGCGAGAGAUGCAGACUCCAGUCCAGAGACUUUUCCCACUACCGCAGAGGUCAUGAAAGAUGAAGCGAGAGAUGCUGGCUCCAGUUCAGAGACUUUCUCCACUAACACAGAGGUCCACGUUUUUAAAGAUGUGUCGUCAGCAUCGGGGUCCACUAAGUCCAUGUCGUCAGCAUCGGGGUCACCUGUCAGCAAGCCGUUUCUAGAUGGUCCUGAUGUGAGAACUACGAGAACAGAGGACUUUUGGACCCUGGACCGCGAGUACCUGACUCGACACCACAAAGUAGCUCGUAGGAUCCUCUUCACUCCGAACUGUGCCAUCGACUGCCCCAUCGAGCUCUCCCAGAUCCAAGGAAGGAGACUCACGGAGAUCCACUACGUGCCUAGGAAUGCCGCGGGCAGGGUACUGGAAGACGACUGGAUCACGGCUACAGCUCCCAACUACGACCUCGAUCACUGGUCAGAAGACCGAAGGGAACGAGCUCGUCACUACUACCGCGCGAUCCCCGAGGAGUUCUACACGAAGUCUGGCCGCCGCCCGAUCACUCCAAAGAAUGUCUCAGCAUGGGUGAAGAAGGCGGCUGGCAAGAGCCUUCGGUUUCAGUUUUGGGAGUUGUGCUCUGGAUCCGGCCGACUUUCCUUGUGCUUGCUGAUGGCUCAGUUCAUGGUUGGUUUUCCGGUGGACUACAGAUACUCCUGGGACAUUGGAUACGCUCCCCACCAGGCCUUGCUUCAACAGGUGCAUCACCAGUUCUCUCCCGACCAUCUGUUUGCCUCUCCAAGCUGCACACCAUGGUCGGUGGCUUCGGCAAGCAAGGACAAGGCCAGGCGAGAUGAGGAGCGGCGGUCGGAACUUCCUACUCUUGAGUUCCUCCACGAUAUGUCGCUUAGCCAGCACAACCAGGACAGGGGCUUUACCUUGGAGCAGCCUCACUCUUCGGCGAUGCUGCGAGAAAGCCCCGUUGCGAAGCUGCUGAACCACUCCGGGAUACGGAUACAGCACAUAGAUCAAUGUAUGCUGGGGGCGACGGAUGAACUCCAGCGUCCAGUCCGGAAGGCCACGGCCUUCCUGAGCAACCGGCGCUGGCGUCGCACCAUCAGGCGAUGCAAUGGCCAUAAGGGACUUCCCCACGGCGAGCUUCAGGGCCGAUUCAAGGGAUGCUGCAGGAUUUGUGGGCCAUUCUUCGGCCUCUACGUGUCCUACCUGGCCGAGGACACUCUUUUGGGCGCACGGCAGGCAAGAGCUCGACGUGAAGCACCACCAGCGACACCAACGACGACUACUACGCCCGCUCCGAGCUCUGCUGCGGCUGGGGCACCAGACCGUGCCUCUGGCUCCAACGAGGCGGCCCCGGCUCGUAUGUCUCGAUCAGACUUGGAGGAUAUCACGGGGCCCUUCAAGUUUCUUGCUCGAAGCGGCGACUACUCUCGAGUGUCCCUGGAGGUGCACUCUUCCUUGACGAUUCGCCCGGAGCCCCAACUCUACCUCAAGGCCGCCAUGAUGCAGCUGAUUGAGUCGUGCCUCGAGAUUUUCCAGGCCACGACUUCACGGGACUACGAUCACUGGUUGUCGGAUCCAGUGCUUCUGCGCGUCUUUCAGGACGUGUUCCACGAGAUCAUGAGCGUCCUGGGCGUCUUGGUUUCGUUGAGGCCCUGGCAUCGCAAGGUUCCUGAUCCUUACUUGAGUUCGGCCUGCGCUCCGAUGCGAUUGCUAAUCAGCGGAGAAAUUCGUUCUUGGAAGAUUCACGGUUUGGAAGAUAUGAGGGUGCUCUCCCAUCAUCAACUUCAUGCUCCAGUAGAGGAAGCGGAUUGGCACGUGCACCUCUUUGGCUUCUGUCAGGAUGAUCCAGAUGUGGAUCGUGACGUGCCGGGCUCAUCCUCUGCGUCUGCACGCCCGGCUGCGGUUCCGGUCGAAAGAGAAAAUGAUGGGAGGAAUGCCCCUUCUUUGCGACCUCCACAACCACCUGUUCGACCGGCGCAAGGACCUCCUCAACCACCAGCAGCCGAUCCUUCCCCAGAAGAAGAAGGCCAAGGAGAAGAAGAGUUUGAUGCGGCCAGACCGGAAGCUGACGAGGAGCCGAAAAUCCUUAAGCCACUCUUGGACUUCAAGAAGGUUUACAAGCGGCUCCAGAGUGAGAUCGUCCAAACAGAUCCGGUGACGGCCAAACGUCUUCUCUUGGGUCUUCAUGAGAGGUUCUAUCACUGCCCCAUCACCGACUUCAAGAACAUGUUGUUGCGGGCUGGGCUGUCCUCCGACAUCUUACCACUUGCCGAGGAAGCCGUCAUGAGCUGCUCCAUCUGCCGGAAGUACGCGAGGCUUCCCAACAGACUGCAGAUCAAGAUUGGGUCAGCGGCCUCGUCCUUCAACCGCCGGGUGCAGAUCGACCUCUUCAUGCACAAGGACACCUGGAUUCUCCUGAAUGUGGACGAGGCCACCCACUACAAGACAGCCGCGGCAGUCAAGUCCCGGGAACACCAGGAGUUGCUCAACAGCAUGUUUCUUUCAUGGUUCUCCAUCUUUGGGCCACCGGCACAGUUGGUGAUGGACCAGGAGACCAGCCUCAUGGGUCACGAGGCCUGCCGGGAACUGGAAAGAUUCAAUGUGGAACGGGGAAUCGCGAUCACCAUCGGCGACCUUGCCAAGGAAGCGGCUAUGGCUCACAACAUCAGCCUCAACUACGGCGGCGCGACUCCCAGCAUGUGUGUGUUUGGAGUGAUCCCUCGGCCCUUCUACCAGGACGACAGCGCAGGAAUCUCCACAGUGGUCGGCACCUUGCAGACCGACGUUACGCCGUUUGAGAAGGCGAUCCGCGUCCGACAGAUGGCUCUUUCGAUGGUUCAACGAGCCGUGGCCGAGAACCGGAUAGCGAGGGCGAACAGAACGCGCACGCAUCAGCUCAAGAUUGGCGAGCUGGUGCCCGGAGUCACCCGCGUGGACUUUCACAGGGAGACCCAAGGAGACGUGGGGUGGCGUGGACCAGCGGAAUUACUGAAGAUCAACAAGGACGAAGGCACGGCCAUCCUCUCCUACCAAGGAUGCCCGUAUUUGGUCUCGCUCCGCCACAUCCGGCCGCACCAGGCAGGAGUGUUUGUGGUUCUCAACAAGGAACAAGUUGGCGACCUGAUGGAGCUCAAGCACUUGACGGAGAAGCUCUCGCCCUACAAGAUUGCGAGCGUCAACCAGUUCCCUCGCCUACUCGGAGGAGCCAUGAUCGGCCAAGGUGUUCGUCAGAUCCAUCCACCUAUGGGAUCUUGCGGAGUACUCCUCUUGUGGAUCCACGGCGACUCCGAGCACGCGAGCCACGAGCACAACAACGAGAAGCCGAUCGUGCUGAAGAAGGUGACCACUCAACCAGUGGACAGGAUGUGCUUCGUGUGUGUCUACUACUUCGUGAACAUCGAGUAUCGCCCCGAGAAGGCCAUGAGAGUGGUUCCCUCCGAAGGAGCGACUGGAAUUGAGGACGACGAGUACGAGAACCAGGCGGCGUCUCCGAUGUCUACCGGAGCUCCUAUGUCUAUUUCCUCAGAUCCGGCCUCUCCAGCGAGCUCCCCUUCGGCAUCCAUGGAUGUCGGGGACACGACUGAGGCUAAGAAAGGACGCCUGGGGCUCUUGCUGGAUGUCAUCAAGAGCGAGCAAGUGAUCACCAAGGCUGUCCCCACGGACUUCCCCAUGGUCUGGUACGGCUGUGACAACAACGCACAGCUGGCUCAGUGGGACAUCUUCAUGUCUCGCGCCCACGAUGCCUCCUCCGUUCCGGAACACCAGAAGAAGCCAUACUUGUUCACAUGGCCAGCGAAGCACUUCGAGGAACUCUAUGCGGACCUCUCCAACGGCGAAAUCUACAAAGUGGAUGAUGAGGCCGACAACAUCACAGAGGACGAGUGCUACGACAUCUGGCCACAAGUGGAGGAAGCUGAUGCCGCGGAAAUCAAGCAGUUUGUGGAAACCUCGAGCUUUCAAAAGAUGCACGUGAACUCCCUCACUUCGGAGACUGUCAUCAUUGACAGUGUGUGGGUGCGAAAAUGGAAGAAGGUCAAGUCCCGACUGUGCGCUCGAGGAUGCUUUGACAAGCAGAAGGACCUCCUCACGACCCGAUCCACCACAGCUACCCGGCUUUCUCAGCGGAUCGUGUUAUCGGUCUCAGCAAACGAGGACUUGGAUGCAGAAAGCUGGGACAUCUCCGGGGCGUUCCUCAAGGGCCUCACCUUUGAACGUGUCCGGGAACUACUCAAGGCCAGAGGAGUGACCUCACCAGUGAGGAAAGUAGUCAUAGUGGCCCCGGCGAACGUGUGGCGACACCUGGCGUCUUUCGACUCGAAGUUUAAAGUGGACUUCGACAAGUUGGGCGACUACGUGCUCUUCUGUCUCAAGCCCGUGUACGGCCUCUCUGAUGCUCCACUGGCUUGGCAGCUGUGUCUACACGGCCAUUUCGAGUCACAAGGAGGCGUCCCGUCGCUUAUGGAUGAGAACUUGUUCUAUUGGAGGGACAAGAACAGUGGUCGCACCACCUCCCUGGUGACCACACACGUUGAUGACUGUGGCGCUGGUGGCAAGAAGGAAUGGCUCGCACGCCAACUACAACUACUUCAGGAGAAGUUCGGAAAGGUGACUCGCCAGGUCCUUCCCUUCAACCACUGCGGAGUUCUGUAUGAGAGGAUUCCCAACGGCUUCAGAAUGUCGCAGGACAGCUUUGCCCUGAAGCUGAAGCCGGCGGAGAUCGCAAGCACCCGAAAGGAUGACGAGCUCCUCUCACCUGGCGAGGUGACUAUGUUCCGGUCCAUCCUGGGCGGCUUGCUUUGGCUUACGGCUACGCGGCUUGAUCUGAUUGCCGAAGUAUGCUCAUUGCAGGCACAGGUCACUCGUGCCAAGGUGGCACACCUACGACAGGCCAAUGGCGUGGUCAAGCGGGCAAGACAUGAGGCUGGACAAGGUAUGGGCCUCUACUUCGAAAAGCUGGUCAGCCUGCUACGACUGGCAUGUGUGCACGACUCCCCAGCCGCCGGGAAUGUGAGGAACUAUGCCCAGGAGGGCAUAUUGGUUUUGUUGUGCGAGGACCGCGUGGGCCAGUUCGACAGGGACUACGAGCACGUCUUGGACGACACACAGUGCCAGGCUCUUGGCGGGAGAUGCCACAUACUGUGGGCUCACGGGGCCAAGGCCAAGCGGAUCAGCUACUCUACGUCUCAUGCCGAGACUUUGGCAGCGGUCAGCGGACUGGAGGCUGGCACUUUGGUGUCGGUGAGACUCGCCGAGCUCCUCUACUCCCCAGAGCCUCCAACUCUCCAAAGUCUGAUUGCGCAACAAGAACGGGGUGUCGAAGGACUUCCCAUCGACUCGUACACCGACUGCCGCGACUUCUUCGAGCUAGCCUUCGGCGACAAGAAUGCUCCUCAGGACAAGAACCAGCGGCUCUAUGUUCUGUCCUUUAGAGAGGCCAGAAUGUCCGGAAGGGUCAGAUGGAUGUGCUUGACCCCUCCGGAGUCGAUGACGGCUGACGCCCUCACCAAGACGAUGAUCGCCGAGCCGAUGAUGAAGCUCCUCACCACGGGCUUGGUGCAGUUCUACAACCAGGAGAAGCACAAGAUGACGCUGCGGGCGUUGCCUCGGAUGGACUACAUCGAGGAGCACCACUUCGACAUGCGCGACCACGAGCUCAUCAAGAUGAUCACGAAGCCUGCAGCCUCUGUCACGGCUUGCGUGACUUUUGUGAAGCCAAGGUUUCUAUGCCUGGCUAUCUUGGCGACUACGGCUUCGGCUACCACGACUUCAUCGCCGUCUACCUCCUCGACCUCUGCCAGCUAUGACGACGGCUGGAAGUGGAUGAUCACGAUGGUCGCGAUCAUCAUUGCGGCUGAGAGGAUGCUGUGCGAAACAGCACGUUUGUGGUGGCGACGACUGCUACCAGCUCAGAGCAUCGCCACGCCGGAUGACCCGAUGGAUGUGGAUGAGGCGAACUUGGAUGCUCAGGACUCUGAGAAGCAGACCUACGCGGACCUCCUGCGACAGCUCAAGGAUGCCGAACAGUCUAUGGCUGGUCUGGGCCGGCAGCUGAUGAUGGCCGAGCACGAGGUGUGUCUCCGCAACAGCCGCAUCGAGCGGAUGGAAGAUGAUCUAAGGGCUCGCGACAGGGAGAUACGACAGCUACGCGAAGACUGCGACCGUCUACAACGACCACUCCCGCGAGCCCACCUUCCGACUGAGCUCUUCGCUACCGUCGCGACCGGCCGAACUUUUCACAGAGACCGCAACUGCGGUCCCAGCGUCUACCGGAUCUUCACCAGAGAGCAGUCGCCACAUUCAAUGAUCCGCAAAGCAUCUCAUUAA